AUGCAAAAUACAAGGGUGUGUGUGUGUGCCGCCAUCUUUACUUCAGUACGUGCUGAGUGCACACUCCUUAACAGUGCACCGGCGCAUUGCACAGCUAGAUUGACGAGAAGCUACGAGGGAGGAGUUUACACAGUAUCUUCCACGUAGGAAAAGUGUCUGGCGCGACGCUGUGCACCAUUACGUGCGCUGGCGAAUAAAUGGGGUACACCCAAUAAAUAGUGGAAGUUCCUGCCGCUGCAGGCACGAGAUUCAAAACACACACUCGACUUGUGUUGACAAACUCGCAACACAGACGACAUAUUAUUAAAUGCCAUCUUCUGACAUAUGUCGAAGCACUUAACAACUGUUCGGUGAAAUGUGUGGCAGGACUGCGUGCACUCUGGCUCCAGACGAAGUGAGUCGAGCCUGCUCCUACAGAGACCGGAGCGGACACCGGAGACAGCCCCGCUGGAGGGAUGGGGACGCCGACAAAUACCGACCGUCCUAUAACAAGAGUCCGCAAUCCACGAGUCCGGUUCUGCUGUCCCACAGACAUUUCGAGCAGAGUGCUCCUGUGGACGAGUGUGUUUUGGCUUCCAUGCGUUGGGGUCUAAUACCUGCGUGGUUCAAGGAGAACGACCCAAGCAAGAUGCAGUACAGUACUACUAACUGCCGCAGUGAAAAUAUACUCCAGAAAAAGACCUACAAGGAUCCCUUGCUGAAAGGACGGCGCUGCGUCAUCCUGGCUGAUGGGUUUUACGAGUGGCAGAGGACGGACAAAGACAAGCAGCCUUUCUUCAUCUAUUUCCCUCAGACUAAAGGUAGCCAGGAUAAGGAGGAGGAUCAGGAUGACUCCACUUCUCCUGUUUGCAAUAAAGAGAAAACAAACAAUUUCCACCCUGCAGGGGAGACCUCUCCUGGUUCGUCAGAGGCCACAGAAGCACCAGCUGAGUGGACUGGAUGGAGGCUGCUGACUAUGGCUGGAGUGUUUGACUGCUGGACACCACCAGCCGGUGGAGAGCCCCUGUACUCGUACACCAUCAUCACCGUGAACGCUUCUCCAAAUCUUGAAAGCAUUCAUGAUCGGAUGCCAGCGAUCCUGGAUGGAGAAGAAGAAGUGAGAAGAUGGCUUGAUUUCGGCCAGGUGAAGUCUCUGGAUGCACUGAAGUUGCUGCAGUCUAAAAACGUUUUGACCUUUCACCCCGUGUCGCCUCUCGUCAACAACUCGCGCAACAACUCCCCAGAGUGCCUCCAACCAGUGGAUCUCAACAAGAAAAAGGAGCCCAAACCCACAGCCAGCAGUAAGAUGAUGAUGAGCUGGUUGUCCAGCAGCAGCUCUUUAAAGAGGAAAGAGUCCGACAUUAAAGAAGAGCAAAGCAUCAAGGCAGAGACUCCACACAAGUCUGUUGGAGCUCUGCAGAUGUGGCUCCAAGGACCCAACAAGAAACCAAAAACCAAGUGAAAAUAAUGAACUGACUCUGGAAAUGCAGCAGAUUGAGGUACAAUGCAGGUUCCACAUUUUCUACUUUUUCAUUGGUGUGUUGAAAAAGAUUUACUCUUUGUACUUUUUUUUUACAUAAGUUGUCUCUGUUCAAGACUGACAAAUAAAUACAUUCAUAUGUUUGCUUAA